AUUUUUAUAUUUCUGUUUCAGAUUUAUGAAAGUCCAGAUGAACCUGAUAAUGUGAUAGAAUCAUAUACAUUCCGAUUUAUUUAUGAAAAUGACAGUACUAUGAUUAUGUGCAAUGAUGAAAAGCUUGCUUCUGUAUCUAAUAAUAGUAUUGUUCUUACAAAAAAAGCAACUUUUUCAUUAUUAAGAACAGUGAUUUUGUUAAUGCAGAAUCUUAAACCAUUACCUGAAACAGCGUAUCUUACAAUGAAAUUGCUAUACUAUGAUGAAGUAACCCCUGCAGAUUAUGAACCACCUGGAUUUAAACCUGCCGAUUCCCCAUAUUUUUAUUUUAAAUCGGAUCCAAUUAAUAUUAAAGUUGGUGAUGUUGUAACACCUUUUCAUAGUUUAAAGUUACGUAUUAAGACUGACAAAAAGCAAUUUGAAUUUGAAGAGGAACCAAAAGAUCCAAGUCCUACUAAUAAAACACAGUUUAACUGUGAAAUCAUGGAUUCAAAUGAAAAUAUAAUUGACAAUAUUUUGAUCCAAGAUAGUUAUGACGACUUCAAAGAAGACAAAAAGAACGAACCAAUGCAGUUACGAAGUUCAAGAAAAAAUGAGAAUGAAAGUUGUAAAUCCAAGUCUAGCAAGCUGGAUGAAGUUCAAUGUCCCUGUGGACUUACAAAGGAAGAUCCUCUGAUGUUAUCCUGUGUAUCAUGCAACAAGAGGCAACACGCUAUAUGUUUUGGGAUCCUGGAUGAAAGUCAAAUACCCAAAGAACACCUCUGUGAAAACUGUCAGUCUUUGAACUCGGACAGACCUCCUACGGAUGCCUAUCUCUCACGUUUAAAACCUAUCGAGUUACAGACUCUUUGCCUUUGGCGUCAAGCUCUGGUGAUUGCCAGCAAAUCCACAACAAUUAACUGCACUUUCUUAAUUCGUCAACUCCAUGUGGAUUCCUGUGUGGCCAACUCCAUACUUUCUAGACUUGAAGACGAAAAAUAUGUGCAGGUGGGAAAAGGAAAAGAUAGAAAAAAGAAGGUAGUUAAUAAAAAACGUUUGACUACAGAAGGUUUUCUUAAAUAUAUGAAUCAAACUAAGAAGCAUAGCGAGGAGUUUCUGAAUGACAAUCCGAAUGAAAAAUCUGACGAGUGUGGAGAUUUGGAGAAAAAAGUAAAUAUAUCAUGAUAAAUAUAAGUAAUUAUAUAUGUUUAUCAAUUAAAAUACUUUAAUACCAAUUA